UCCGACAGAUAUCUAGAUUUUGUUUUUUAUUUCACUUUUGCGGCUUUAAUUAAUUGGUUCAUUAUUUAGUAUAAUGUAGUAAAAGCACAGAGACGCAGGAAAAGCUGAGGAUUUAUUAUGCUCCGCCUCGCUGUUUACUCAGGACCAGCCUGCCAAACCAGCCAGUGAGUACUGCAGUAGGAAGAGAAGCGCCGUCGAGCUGAUAUCACUUAUGGAUGGAUAAAUGAUCUCCGGUGCGGCGACAUGGGGCUCAUCGAGGAGAGCGACGUGCAGCAGGUGACCCUGGCACUGCUGGACGCAGCCAACGAUAAGGAUGCGACGGUGCAGGAGCAGGUCAGGAAGUCCAUUUUUACUCUGGGGAACCAGCAGCCGGAUAAAGUUCUGUCCAUGUGUCAGGAGUACCUGCUCAAACACCCCAAGCUGGUGACGGGGCACCGAGUGGUGGUCCUGCAGACCAUCGAGCUGGUGGUCAAAAGCAAGAUCGAUGACAUCACUUACCCCAAAAUAAAGGCGGUCAUAUCGCUGGCCUCGGCCGAAAUGACCAAGUCUAAGGACGUGGUCCCGGACUGGCAGCAGACAGCCAGUAAUAUUCUGGUGGCUAUAGGAAACAAAUACAUCAACGAAAUCAUGGAGGAGAUCCUGAGCAAGUUCCAGCCCGGGGUUCUACCUCACUUCUUCGUGGUUCAGACGUUAGCCAGCCUGUCGGACUCCAACGUGUAUGGCAUGGUGCCGUUCCUCAGUGCCAUCCUGGGUACCAUGCUGCCCAUGUUGGCCAUGGCCAAGCAGGACAACAUCAAAUGGGUCUUCUCAUCAGCUCUUUCCUGCUUUAGCGAGAGCAUCCUGGAGUACCUGGCCAACCUGGACAAGGCUCCAGACCCCACGGUGCGCAAGGACACGUUUUCUAGCGAAAUCUACGCCGCCUACGACGUUCUCUUCAACAGCUGGCUGCAGAGCAGAGAGGCCAAGUUGCGUCUGACCGUAGCUGAAGCUCUGGGCUCGAUGAGCCACCUGAUGGCUCACGACAAGCUAGAAGAGCAGCUCCCCAAACUCGUCCCCGCCAUCCUCGCCCUGUACAAGAAACACCUCGAGCACUACACCAUCAGCAAGAGCCUUUGCCAGCUUUUGGAAGCCUCAGUGAACAUGGGCAGCAGAGUUCUGGAGACUCAGAUGGACAAUCUUCUCACCGCUUUACACCAACAGGUGUGUUCACCUGUGGACUAUAACAACCUUCCCACUGUAAAAAACCACAACGAAGUACUGCGAUGCUUCACCGUGCUGGCCAACGCGUAUCCAGACCGCUUGACGUUGUUUGUCCUGCAGAGGCUGGAGAACAGUAAUGAGAGAAGCAGAAUGGGCUCGCUGGCUGUGCUCAGACACCUCAUCAACUCAACACCUGCCAUAAUGGAAACCAAGAAGCUGCUCAUUCUUGCGAGUAUCAGACAGCCUCUAGUCGACCACAGCAAUAAGGUGAAGAAGAGUGUCGUUCAGGUGAUCAGUGCCAUGGCUCAUCACGGUUACCUGGAGCUGGAGGGCGGAGACCUGCUGGUACGCUUCAUCGUUCAGCACUGCGCCCUGUCCGACACCUACUACCGAGGGCCACGCCCCAGCGAUCCAGAGGAGGUGACCAACGAGGCCCUGAGGAGCAUGUGUGAUAACACACUCCACCUCUUCACCACGACCGUGGGCCGCCUGACCGACGUGCUGUGGCCGAUGCUGCUGUGCUACCUCACGCCAUCUCAGUACCUUAACGCCACCGCGCCUCUCUGUAGGAGCCUCAUCCUGCUCGCCAAUAAAAAGCGUUCAGCUCAAGAACCCAAUUUCAUCAUCAGCUUUAACGUGCCAGGUUCUAGUCUUCCCUCACAGUAUUUACUACUAGUAAAGCUCUUGGUGAACUCUUCCUUCCCGUUCUGGUAUCGAGGACACGGCGCUCCUUCUCUCAGCCUUCUGAACGCCAUCGGCCCCAACAUCCACCCUAAAGUAGAAGAACUUUGGGAGAAAGAAAUUCCUCAACUCCUCACAUAUCUGGAAGAAUCUACAGCAGAAACUCUGGACGGGAAGAAAUGGGAGGAAAGUAUUUUACGGUUCCUGUCCAAAACUCUGAUGAUUAUUGAUGAAGGACAGUGGAGCUGUCAGCUAGCGGGCGAAGCAACGCGAUACCUUCCAACCUACAACAGCUCCUUAGAAGAGAAGAGCUUCCUGUACAAGUGCAUCGGCGUGGCUUUGCAGCGAUCCACCAGCAACGAGCAAGUGAGGAAACAGCUCCAGGAGAUUCUGAUCAGCGCCCGCCAUAACGACGCCACAGAGCGAGAGGGCGUCGCGGUGUGCGUGGGCCUGUGUGCCAGCAGUCAUCUGGAUGCCACUCUCGCCAAGCUGGACGACUUUGGGAAAUCCGACGCCUUCAAGAAAGCCUCUGGGAUAUUCGGCCUUCUCAAAGAUAAGAACGACGUGGAUGUAGAGAAGAUGAAGAGCACGUUGAUUCUGUGUUAUGGCUAUGUGGCGCUGAACGCCCCGGAGGACCAGCUCCUCAUCCGCCUCGACAACGACAUCCUCCGCAGCAUCAGCAAGCUCUUCAACACCAAGGUUCUGGGAAUUAAAGUAGAAACCAAGGACCUGACCAUGAAGCUAAGUCUGAUUCAGAGUGUUGGACUGAUCGCGAAGGCCAUCAGUACCUGCGUUGGCAAACAGGGCUUCCAGUUUAACCGCAAGCAGGAGCUCAUGGUAAUCAUGAUGGAUUUCAUCAAGGCGGAGCCGGUCGAUGCCAUGCGUACGCCAGUGCGCCACCGUGUAAUGACCACAUGUGCCAACCUCAUAAACUUGGAACCACCGCUGAGUGAAAACGAAACUUUCGACAUGCUGAAGACGUGUAUAAACGGGGUCUUCGGCCUUCCUACGUUAGAAACGACGGAGCGAGUCAAAGACGAUGAGCUUCUCGAUCCCAAGGAACGAGAGGCGUUAUACACGGACACCUUUAAUGCUCUUCAUGAGCUGCUCUGCAGUGUACUAGCCAGAGAUUUAAGUCCAGAUGGAAUUCAGUCUGUGUUCAAGCAUGUGGAGAUCUGGUUGAGUUCCAGACACGAGCAUGAGCGUGAGUGUGCGGUGAGAACCACAGCCCAGAUACUGCAGUUCUACCUGGACAGUCUCAGUGUAAAGAACUUGGUGACGUUUCAUAACCUGGGAGCUCUGUUGGGACGCUUGGCCCCGCGCUGUACGGACCCCAAUGCUACUGUGCGCAAGGCUGCUGUCGACUGCAUCUACGCACUCUUACACAUUCAGCUGCGCUACGAUGGCUUCUCACUGGAUUAUAAAGACGACUCGGUUGAAAGUUUAUUAACGAUGAGAGAGAAACUCAGUGACCCCGACCCCAACGUGCUUUAUAAAACCUGCUCUGAUCUCACCAAGAUCAUCAGUAAGCGUCUUCCUCAGCAGCAGCUGAAUGUACUGAUCUUUAUGCUGUUUGAAGGUCUGGUGGACUCCCAGUCCAACUGCUCCAGAGCAUCGAGUGUCAUUCUCAACACGCUGCUUAAAAACAGAGGGGCUACGAUGCAGGAUCUGGUUCCGGAGGUGUUGGAGGUUUUGCACGUUCGCCUGCAGCUCAUCUCUGAAGAGCAGGUGAAGGUCGCCAUUGCACAGUCCAUCCUCAUCCUGGCCACACAGCAUCUGCAGACCGUCGUCAACACUCUCAUAUCCUAUCCUCUACCUUUCGACAGUUGGAGCUGUGAGAUGUGGGUGGCUCUGGGGGCCGACAGCACCGUCGCCCGGCAGAUCAUGGAAAUGAUCAUCGAGAAGCUGAACGUCAUGGUUCCUUACAUGGAUAAGAAGGAUUUCAUGAUGAAAUCGGGCAUGAACAAGGUGGCCACCAGUCAGCCUUUAGCAAUGACCUGCGCCCUGCGUGAGAUGAUGCUGAACGGACACACCGAGGAGGCCGUGCUGGCCCUGUUCCCUCAGCUCUUCAGCGCCCUGCUGGUGCGCAUGGGCUCCAGCGUGGGGGUUCAGCUCUCCAAAGACAUCAACAGCAACAGCAUCGGAGCCGACCGCAAAGGCUGCAGCAAGAGCACGAUUGCCAACUUCGACGUCUGCGGCGUGGCGGUUGAAGCUUUGCGGAUCCUGAUCGCUCGAGCUCGUCUGGAUUCAGUAAUAAAGGCGCUGGACCAGGAGGACGUGUGGGACAGGAUGAAGGACCCUCAGCAGCACACUACAGGGGUCACACUGCUCUCCAGAGCGAUGGCAAGGCAUGCUGGUCCUCGUCUCCCAGCCAUAGGGGAGAAUCUGUGUCCCUCCCUGAGUAACAUCUACGAGUGCCAGAGGAUCACAGUUACGGCCUUCUUCUCCGAGCUUCUUAACCACCAUGUGGUGACGGAGCUGAUGAUGAUCGACGUGUUGAUGAACAAAAUGAUGGAGAGGAUUUCCGACCCCUGCUGUACCGUGCGCAUGCUGGCCAUCAGAGGCCUGGGGAACAUCGCUGUGGGCUCACCGGAGAAGGUGAAUAAAUAUGCUAAAGAACUGCUGGCAGCCAUGAGUUCAGGUAUGGAGGAGAAGGACGACCCCGGUAAGCUCAUCACCCUUGAGGCCAUGUCUGGCAUGUCCAAGGUGUUGGUCUACCUGGAUCAGAAGAACGUGCACAUGCUGGUGGUUUACAUCUUUAUGAAAAUCAGACCCUUCCUGGAGAACGAGAACGACGAGAUCCGCUGUGCUUCCAUCAUGCUCCUGGGGAACCUGUCGAGGUUCGGCGUGGGGGAGCCCGUCUUUAAGGACCAGAUUCACAACGUGUUGGUCAGUCUGCUCCUGCACCUUAAUGAUCCCAGCGUGCAGGUCGUCAAGGCCUGUAAGUACGCCAUGCGUGUGUGCGCCCCCGCUGUGGGUUCUGAGCAGAUCAACACCAUGUUUCAGAACCAUCUACACGAGGAGAAGAGUCUGCACUAUGGAGAGUUCAUAAACGACCUCAUCAAGUACAUAAUCCAGGACUUCCCAGGUAUGAUCAAUUUCUACCAUGUCACCGUCAUCCAGUUCUUUAAGAGUAACUGGGCGGAGAUCCGAGCCAGUGCUGCUAUGUUUAUAGGGUUUUUACUGGGAAACCUGCCUGAGGAACAGUUCUCACAUAUGAACAUGGGAAACGUGACUAAAGCUCUGGUCAUGCUGCUGCAGGAUCCAGAUCCUCUCGUCCGGAUGAAGGCGGCAGAAGCCAUGGGCCGGUUCCACUGAACGUCCUCUCGGUCCGAGAGCUCAAAAGCCAUCGUGUGUUCGUACUUGAAUUAAUCCUUUAAGUGACCAAAGACUGUACACUACUUCUGUAAAUGCAGCAUUAGAGCGGAGGGGUUUUGGAGGGAUCGAUAUGUUGUUAGGUCUAUUGUAAACGUUGUGUGUCCAUAUCAACUUCAGAUGAGGUUUUCUCAGCAUUAAAGCUGCCGUUUUCAGGAUGGUUUUGUUCUACCGUGAUUGGUGGGCUGAUAUGUGCGUCUGACGGACCUUCAGUGAAAGAACAGCAGGAUCUUUUGUGCCAUAAUAAUCCUGCCAUACUGAGAAAAUCGUUCAUGUUGUGCUGACCGAGAUGACCAAGAUGUCUCUGAUUUGGCAAAGCACAGCCAUAACAGUGCCACAAUCAUAUAAGUGUAAGAUCUGACAAUGAAUCUCAUUUCAUCAUCAUUUUAUUGUACUUCAGCUGCCAAUUUCAGUCCUAUUUUCUUAAUAAACAAUAAAAGUGUUACAUUAUGGUACAGUUCUGAACAUAACGUUUGCUAAUAGUGCAGAAAUGUUCAGUUUUUAUCCUUUUUUUCAUUAUUAUAAGAAGAGUAUAAAUUCAGCAAGUGAAAACUGAAAGGUCAGUUCAUUUUGUUACAUAUGAUGCCCUACAACCAGGUUAGAAAAUGAGCCAAACUCCUCAGAUUAGGUUUAGUCUGGUGUCCAGUAGGUUCUGACCAGUUUAAAGAUGAAUAAAUCAUUCACAUCGUACACGGUUCUCUUUUUUUCCUGUCUUUUCUCUGAUUCAUGUAUUUUAAGGGUGAUCAUGUAUUGUGGGUGGAAAUCUAAACUCUGAAUCUGUAUUUUAUUAUUGAUUCAUUAAAGUUGCUUUGAAACACA